AUGUUCCUGACACUAUUUCCUUUCGUUUCCACGAAAGUUGACAGGUCGUCUUUUCUUUUUGUCCAAGCUGCCACUCCUUCCUCCGUCUCGUUAGCCACUCCUUCCCCCGUCUCGUUAGCCACUCCUUCCCCCGUCUCGUUAGCCAGUCCUUCCCCCGUCUCGUUAACCAGUCCUUCCCCCGUCUCGUUAACCAGUCCUUCCCCCUGUCUCGUUAACCAGUCCUUCCCCCCCCUCGUUAACCAGUCCUUCCCCUCCUUCCCCCGUCUCGUUAACCACUCCUUCCCCGUCUCGUUAACCACUCCUUCCCCCGUCUCGUUAACCACUUCCCUACCACAUCAAUUGACCUCUUCCCCCCCCCUUCUCCUUUUCAUCUCUGUUUUUAACCUCUCCCCCGUCUAUAUCAGUCAUCGGCUAUUUCACCGACACUCUUUGCACCUCCCCUAUAAUCAUUCUUAUUUCGUCUUUUUUAUGGUUCUUCUCGUUCAUUCUCGUAUCUUUUUUUCUCUCAUCAGAUUGUCUUUUCCUAUCUUUUUCUUUUUUCUCUUUUCUUUUAAUGGUUACGCGAGACUUCUCGUUGAUUUGCGUGACUUUCCUCUACUCUCUGUGACUCCCUCUCAGUCAUUUUGUAUAUAUAUCUCUCUGACUCCCUCUCUGUCAUUUUGUAUCUCUCUCCCUCCUCUGUCUCUCUCUGACACCCUCUGUCAUUUUGUAUAUAUCUCUCUCUCUCUGACACCUUCUGUCAUUUUGUAUAUAUCUCUCUCUCUCUGA